AUGGCCACAAUCAGAUCUUCACGUCACAAUCAUCAACUGUCACAUGUAAUUGCCAAGACAGCCACCGCAGCGAUCGUCGCCGUCACAUUCAUGGUUCUUUACGGCCUGACAAACGCUGCGACCGUGGUAGCUCUAGCCUUGGCCACUCCGCCGAUGGUUAUAUUUAGUCCUCCUUUGAUCCUUGCUACAAUUACUAUGUUUCUAAUUGGAGCUGGUUUCUUGGGUUCUAUGGGAUUUGCUGUUGCUGCAGGGUUUGUGUUUUAUUGGGUUUAUGGUUAUCUUGUCGGAAAAGAUCAUAUGAUGGGUGAAGAUCAGAUGGAUCAGGUGAGUGAGAAGAUUAAUGAUGGAGGUAAGGAGAUGAAGAAGAAUAAGAAGUAUGGAAUUGAAAUGUUAGAUAUGUAG